AUGGUCGCAAUUCCAGGCGGAGUGUUCACGAUGGGCACCGAUGAGCCUGAAAUACAGCAGGAUGGAGAGUGGCCUGCGAGAAGAGUCCGCAUUAACAGUUUCUACAUGGAUCAGUAUGAGGUCAGCAAUGAGGAGUUUGAGAGAUUCGUGAAUUCUACGGGGUAUGUGACUGAGGCAGAGAAGUUUGGCGAUUCCUUUGUGUUUGAGGGAAUGCUGAGUGAAGAAGUGAAGGCCGACAUCCGUCAGGCAGUUGCAGCCGCUCCCUGGUGGUUGCCUGUGAAGGGAGCCAGCUGGAAGCACCCCGAGGGUCCCGACUCCAGCAUCUCCAACAGAAUGGAUCAUCCGGUUCUUCAUGUUUCCUGGAACGAUGCUGUGGCAUUCUGCACGUGGGCAGGGAAACGGUUACCGACGGAGGCUGAAUGGGAAUACAGCUGUCGCGGGGGGCUCGAAAAGAGGCUUUUCCCAUGGGGCAACAAGCUUCAGCCCAAAGGUCAACAUUAUGCCAACAUCUGGCAGGGAGUGUUCCCGACUACUAACACCGCAGAAGACGGGUACAAAGGAACUGCGCCUGUCGCUGCGUUUCCUCCCAACGGGUAUGGCUUGUACAACAUGGUGGGAAACGCCUGGGAGUGGACGUCUGACUGGUGGGCUGUGCGGCACUCGACCGCCGAAGUUCACAACCCC